CCAAACAGAUGUCUAACCUCUAAAUAAUACUAAAUUACUUCAUCCCACAUUUCUUCAAGCAAACACAGUGACUGACUAUCCUCUUCUGUUUUCGUUUCAAUUUUAUUGAUGUUUUGAAGUUUGUAUCCUUUAUUCAGUAAAGGUUAUUCAACAGCUUUUAAUGUAGUGAAGUAUCAACAAUUAGCAAUGAUGUGUGGAAAAAACUGUGUGCGUCUUUUAACUUCUGUAAAGUUGAUCGAUUCAACUCUUUCCAAAAAGAGUGUUCUAAAUAGGAAUGUUUCACCAUUUACUAAAUUCCAUCCACUAAAACUAUCAAAAGCUGGUUACUCACAUCUCUCCAGAAAUCUAAAAAUUACAACAACGGUAAAACAUGAUAAAUUCAGUUCAGUUAGUGACGCCAAGUUUUCUUACACAUUGUCUACUGCUACAACUAGUAAUAAAAUUGUAGAUGAAUCAGAUCCGGCCGAAACUGUGCCUCCAUUGACGAAGGAAAACGCGCAUGCAUUGGUGAUGAAAUUGACGACAGAUGAGAGAGAUGCAUUGAUGACCGUUCUUCAAGAAUUCCAAUCGGAAGACUUGAAGGCAGAGUACAAAGGACAGCUAGCUGCAUUUCGUUGGAGAUCGAAAUUCGGCCGGCCAACCAGCUUACCUAGACUAGGUGAUGUAGACCCAACAGGCUCCUACUGUACAGUGCCUGAGGAUUGGUUACUGAGGAAAUACGAGGAGAAUCCUGCGACUGUUCCUAAACCAACCACACCAGAACUCAUAAGAGUUGGCAUUCACAACGCAUGUCCGUUCAUUGGCUUUGGGUUUUUGGACAACUUCUUUAUGAUUAUUUGUGGUGAUUACAUCGACAUGUCGCUGGGCUCGGUGAUCACUCUGUCGACCAUGGCGGCGGCCGCCCUAGGCAACACCCUGUCGGAUGUGUUGGGCAUAGGGUCUGCCGUCUACGUCGAGUGGACCGUCGCCAAGUUCGGCUUUCGGCCGCCAAACCUCUCGCCCAUACAGCUCGACAUGACGUCGUCCCGGCUCGCUUCAAAUAUUGUUAGUAUAACAUAUUUUCCACGAUUUGUGUAG